AUGUAUCCUCACCAAAACCCUGUUGAAAAUCAAAGGAAAAGGCAAAUGUUACAACCAGUUCUGGAAUACAGCACAACCCCUAAUGACACUCAAACAGGAGAGCUCUAUGUUGACACAAUGCAAUCGGAGCUACAGUUCGUGAGUAAUGGGAAACGACAGUUCUUAUCAGCAGACUUUGACCCGCAUGCGUAUCUAAAUGCAACUUCUCAAGGACACUCAAACAAUGGUGAAUCCCGAUAUGACCAUCUGCAGCCAAUUGAUUUCAUCAGUGCUCUUGGAAAACCCCUCUCAUGCCCCGGCCUCGAGACCUAUUCCACAAAGUGUGAACCUGUUGACUUCAGUCCAUUUACCCCAUCCCUCUUCCGGUCCUCGUACAACUCUUAUUCAAAUUCAGGAUUUUAUCCCCACUUUCCACCAGGAAAUAGUCAGAUAGGGUCACACCCCGAAACCAAUGAAGUAUCAUCAGAUAAAGUGCAACUUACUUCGUCGUCUUUCGGCUUUCCUGUUUCACCGAAUUUAGAACAAUUUGGCAGUGCUGUCGGAAGUGUUGGAGAUGUACCGCAUUUCGAUAAGAGCAGCUGCAGUUCUAGUCUGAAACUGGAGUUACCCUUAAAUUACGGAACAGGAAAGGAUGCUCGUUCUUAUUUUGAGGAUGACCAAACGAGCCCUGCUCAUCCUUUCAAUUGUUGCCUCCCCGAGGAAGGUAGCUUGGAAACCAUCGCCGACACUUGUCUGGCCUCACAGCUUGGACUAACACAAACGCAAGUGAGUAAAUGGAUGGUUGUUGUUGUUGUUGUGGCACGUGCACAUGUGAAAAUAUGGUUUCAAAACAAACGGUCCAAGUUAAAGAAGAUUUUGCGACAAGGACAAGACCCGACGGCUUUUCUGAAUGGCAUGCUAAACGAAGAUAAUGUGGAUGAUUAG